AUGGCUUCUCUUGCGUCUGGGCUCUUCAAGUCCCUCCCCAAACCCAAAUACACAGGCGAGGAGGAAGAGUUGCCACAGCAUGCCCAGCCCCGUGGCCCGCGUGUAGUGGGCGCCGACCAGCUCGAUGAAACCCAGGUUGUCCUACGGAGAACUGGUCCUCCGCCCUAUGGAAACCGAGCAGGAUGGCGCCCGCGAGCCCCCGAAGAUUUUGGCGACGGCGGCGCGUUCCCCGAGAUUCUGGUUGCCCAAUACCCCCUCGAUAUGGGCCGGAAGGGAACCUCAUCGACCUCGAAUGCGCUUGCGGUGCAGGUAGAUGCGGAGGGUAAAGUCAAGUACGACGCGAUCGCACGCCGCGGACAUGGCGACAAUCGCAUCGUCCAUGCCUCCUUCAAGGAUUUGAUUCCGCUCCGACAACGGGUGGAUAUGGGAGAAGUAUCCCUCGACCGUCCAUCAGAGGAAGAGGUGCAGGCGCAGAUGGAGAAGACGAAGAAUGCGCUGGCGAGUCUGGUGGAUGGAGCCGUGGCGGCCCAGAAACCAAAGAACGUCAAGGGCGGUCGCAGAGCAGAGCCUACUUUUGUCCGAUAUACACCUGCCAACCAGAUGGGUGAUAACGAGAAGAAGAACGAUCGUAUUAUGAAGAUUGUCGAGCGACAGCAAGAUCCCAUGGAGCCGCCUAAGUUCAAGCACAAGAAGAUCCCCCGUGGCCCGCCCUCCCCUCCACCCCCUGUGAUGCAUUCGCCGCCCCGAAAGCUCACAGCCGAGGAUCAAGAAGCUUGGAGAAUUCCCCCGCCCGUUUCGAAUUGGAAGAAUCCGAAGGGUUACACUGUUCCUCUGGAUAAGCGUCUGGCUGCGGAUGGCCGUGGGUUGCAGGACGUGACGAUCAACGACAAGUUCGCCCAAUUUGCGGAGGCUCUGUUCACCGCCGACCGACAUGCUCGUGAGGAAGUGCAGCUCCGUGCUCAGAUGCAGCAGAAGCUGGCCGAGAAGGAGAAAGCCCAGAAGGAAGAACAUUUGCGCCAGCUCGCUCAGAAGGCACGCGAGGAACGUGCCGGGCCUAGUCGGCGCGACUCUCGUGCCCGCUCCCGCAGUGACAGCCGCAGUGCCUCUCCUUACUCCUCCAGGUCUGGUUCUCCGAGCGAGGACGAGGAAGCUGCCCGUGAACGCGAGCGCGAGCGCCGCGAACGCCGACAGGACAAUGAGCGGCAGUUGCGCCAGUCUCGUAUGGGUACAGAACGCCGCAUCCAGGCUAUGGCCCGCGAGCAGAACCGUGAUAUCUCCGAGAAGGUGGCCCUGGGUCUGGCCAAGCCAACGCAGAGCUCUGAGACGAUGUGGGAUUCGCGUUUAUUCAACCAGACCAGCGGCAUGCACAGUGGCUUCAACGAAGAUAAUCCUUAUGACAAGCCGCUAUUUGCUGCGCAGGAUGCCAUCAACAGUAUCUACCGUCCUCGUGCUCAAGCCGAUGCCGAUGACGAUGAGGGUGGUGAUGGUGAAAUGAGCAAGAUACAGAAGACCAGCCGCUUCGAGGUUCUUGGACGAGCGAAAGAGGGCUUCAGGGGUGCUGCUGAUGCUGAGGAACGUCAAGGCCCUGUUCAGUUCGAGAAGGACACCGCCGAUCCUUUCGGCAUCGAUAGCAUGAUUGCGGAUGUGACUUCCGGGCAAAAGCGAUACGGUAUUCAAGAAGCCGAGCACGAUGACCGGGGUUCGAAGCGCGCGAGAGUUGAAGACGACUAA